AUGGAGUUACAGCCACCACUUUAUAUGCUCGAUGAAAAUUCGGAUAGGUAUAAAGUAUUAAAUAAUGUUACCUUGGCUUCUAAUAAUGAAACAACAAAAGAACAGCAAUUGGUCUAUUUUACUACUCCAGUAAACAUUCAACCGAUUAAUAAUACUCAACCAUACGUCUGCUUGCAACAAUUGGCAAAUAGCCAGAUUGUCAAACAAUAUUCAGUAGCUAGUCUAAUUGUUCAUCAUCAACUCCAACAACAACAAUUAUCGUCAAAUAACAACAUGAUGUCUGCUUGUGCACAACAACCAAUGUUACAUUUCAACAUGACUUAA